AUGCAUAUCACGAUUCCUAUACUUUUCUCUGCAGCCACCGCGCUUGGUUAUGCUAUUCCUACUAAUAGCUUGCAGGCUCGGGAAAUCGCGACCAAUGAAUUGUCGCAGUUCAAGUUUUGGGUUCAGUAUGCUGCUGCUGCCUACUGCGAGAACAAUUACGUGGACCAAGCCGGCUCUUUAUUAACCUGCUGGGCAAAAAACUGCCCUCAAGUUGAGUCUUCGGGUGCAACAAUCGUUUAUGACUUUUCCAACACUACUGCUACUGAUACAUCCGGAUUCGUGGCACUGGACAAAGCCAACAGAGCAAUUAUAUUAUCCUUCCGCGGUUCAUAUUCCGUUCGUAACUGGAUCAGCGAUAUCGACUUUCCCUUUGUUGACCCUGAUCUCUGUGACGGCUGUCUCGCAGAAUUCGGGUUCUGGAGUUCAUGGGAGUUAGUGCGGGACCCAGUUUCAGCGGUCAUCAACGAAACACUGAGUAUAUAUCCGGGCUAUGAGCUGGUUGUUGUAGGACAUAGUCUCGGCGCCGCUGUGGCAACCCUUGCAGCCGCCGAUCUUCGCAGUAGAGGGCAUAUCUCAACUGCAUUGUACGCCUUCGCGGCGCCGCGUGUAGCAAAUCCAGCUUUAGCAAAGCAUAUUACUACGCAGGGAAAUAACUACCGUUUUACACAUACCAAUGACCCAGUACCAAAAUUGCCAUUGCUUGGAAUGGGGUAUGUGCACGUGAGUCCGGAGUAUUACAUUACAUCACCGAAUAAUGCUACCGUUUCGACAGAGGAUAUCAAGGUAUUGGAAGGGGAGGUCAAUUUUGAGGGAAACACUGGUACUGGUAUACCAUUAUUAGAUGAUUUUCCUGCCCAUCAUUGGUAUUUUGAGGAGACGGAUGGAUGUAAGGGACCUGGCUUGCCUUUCUGA